AUGUCUACUUUUUUACAAUCAUUUAAGAUUUCUCAAGCCAGUGAUGAAUAUAAACAACGUCGAAAGACUCAAAUGUUAAAAUUUUUCACCGCAUCUGCUAUAACUAUCCUAACUUCAAGAUUCGCCUAUCGUUCAACAAUUGCCAGACAGUAUGUUCCAACAUUAUUCCAAGGUAAUCAUUCUCCACCAUUAAGUUAUAAUUUCACCACUGAUGCAGCAGUUGCUGUUGCCACUGGGACAAUUUUAUGUGGAAGUGUGUCAAGUAUGCUUGUUUUGGGUGGUUUUUGGAUUUUGGAUGUUCUGAAUUUAGGUGAGUUUGGUUGGAGAAUGAAAGAAAAACUUGGUGGAUUGGAAAAGGAGAAACACUUAGGAGAAAUGGAAAUGGAUGAAGAAAGUAGGUACAUUCAAGAUAGUUUAAAUGAUUUGUUAGAUGGUAAAUAUGAUUUCGAAGAAGAAGGAGGAAAUAAUUCAGUAGCUUAA